AUGACCGUCGUUGAGACUGCUCCCCCAGUACCAAGUGGCCCCAAGAAAGAAGUCACUGAAGGUUCGCUGCUCAGAGAGCCUUUGGAACUACACGGUCAUUUGAAUCAAUACAAAUCAUUCCAUGUCACUCCAAUAGUCGGAACUGAAUUCCCUGAUGCCCAUGUGGUGGAUUGGAUGAAGGCUCCUAACAGCGACGAACUUCUGCGCGACUUAGCCGUUACCAUUUCUCGCCGUGGAGUGGUUUUUUUCCGUGCGCAGACCGACCUCACCGAUGAGCUUCAAAAGGAGCUCGCCCAACGUCUGGGUGUGCUAACAGGCAAACCCGAGUCCUCGAAAUUGCACAUCCACCCUCUAACGAACUACAACCUCGACAAAGACCCAGAGCUCAACGUCAUCACAACCGACAGAGCCGCCAACCCUGCCGAGGACCUUUGGAAGAACCGACCCGCCGAUAUCAGAAACAGCUGGCACACCGAUACUAGCUACGAGCCCAACCCCGCCGACUACUCUAUUCUAAAGCUCAUCAAGCUACCCGAGACUGGCGGAGAUACCAUCUGGGCCUCCUCCUGCGAAAUAUACGACAAGAUCUCCCCUGCCUACCGGAAAUUCCUCGAAGGCCUAACUGCCUCCUUUGCCCAGACUCGACUCCCAGUGACCGCCGCGGAAAAGGGAUUUAAGCUGUACUCGGAACCCCGUGGAUCCCCGAACAACAUUGGGACAUCGCUCAGCGCUGUGCAUCCGGUUGUUCGCACCAAUCCCGUUACCGGUUGGAAGAGUCUGUUCGCCGUUGGGAACCAUGUUGUGAAAAUCAACGAUGUAACGGCGGAUGAAAGCAGACGGCUACACGAUUGGUUUCUCCAGAUGAUUGUUGAAGAACAUGAUACGCAACUCAGACAUCGGUGGGAGAAUCCCUACGACAUUGCGAUCUGGGAUAAUCGCAGUGUUUAUCAUAGCGCAAUCUUUGAUUUCGCUGGGUUAGGUGCUCGUACGGGUCAUCGGGCUGUGGGAAUUGGCGAGACGCCGUACUUCGACCCGAACAGCAAGACACGGCGUGAAGCUCUCGCUGCGGCUAGUAAUGUUUGA